AACGACUCGUCGUUCACCUCCCUCGCUUCCACUUCACUUUCCUCAUCCCCACACUCGGUCCUCCCUCCCCAUCUGCACUUUCCAUCCUCCAAUCUCUUCCACCGCACAUAGACUUCACUAUUCUUCAACACGUCGACCAAAAUGACAUCCCUCGAAACGCCCUGCACCCAGCAACAAAAAUGCAUGAGACUGUAAAACUCUCUCUUCCGUCACUUCGUCAAGCUUUGAGCUUGUUGAGUUUCCAUAUUCAGCUUUUUGCUCUCAUUGCCGAUGUAUUCUCAGUGGAUGCCUUAGAGAUUGCAAAGCAGUUCAACCUCAAAUCAUACGUUUACUUUCCCAUGUCUGUUACUUCCUUGUGUUUCUGCCUCAAGUUUCCCGAACUUGAUGAGGAUCAUGAGAUGGUUUCUACUGGAUUUGGAGACUUAUCACAACCUUUGAAACUUCCAGGUUGUGUACCAUUAAAUGGCAAGGAUCUGUUUGACACAGUUCAAGAAAGAUCAAGUGAAUCCUACAAAACAGUUCUUUAUAUAUGUAAGCGAUUGCAUUUAGCAGAUGGUAUGAUAGUGAAUAGCUUCCUAGAUCUGGAACGAGGGGCAAUAACAUCACUACAAGAAAGUAAUCAUAAACACCCACCCAUUUAUCCAGUGGGGCCCAUUUUGAAGACCGAGUCAACUACCAUAAACGAGUCAACCUCAAAGUGCUUAAAAUGGUUAGACAAUCAGCAGAAGAACUCUGUUUUGUAUGUCUCUUUUGGGAGUGGAGGAACACUAACACAUGACCAGCUUCAUGAGCUAGCCUUGGGGUUAGAAAUGAGUGGCCACAAGUUCUUGUGGGUUGUGAGGGCUCCAAGCAGGUCUACUAGUUCGGCUUAUUUAAAUUCACAAAAUGAGAACCCUCUUGACCAUAUGCCAAAAGGGUUCAUUGAAAGAACCAAAGGCCAAGGCUUUGUGGUCCCAUCAUGGGCCCCACAAAUCGAAAUUUUGAGACACUGCUCUACCGGUGGGUUUUUGACUCAUUGUGGUUGGAACUCCACAUUAGAGAGUGUGCUCUAUGGCAAGCCAAUGAUUGUUUGGCCAUUAUUUGCAGAGCAGAGAAUGAAUGCAGUGUUGCUAACUGAGAAGUUUAAGGUUGCUGUGUGGCCCAAAUUUGAUGAGAACAAGCAUGGGAUUAUAGUGAAAGAGGAAGUUGCAAGGGUUGUGAAGUUGAUAAUGGAAGAUGAUCAGGAAGGCAACGAAACUCGUAGAAGAGUUCAAGUGUUUCAGGAUGCUGCUACGAAAGCACUUGGUGAAGAUGGUUCAUCUGCUCGAGCAAUCUCUAACUUAGCUCAUGAGUUGAAAUAUAUGGGUGACAUGUAGAAAACUAAUGACUUUUCACUAAUGUCACCCAAAAUUUCUAUGCUUGCUAUU